AUGUCGAAGGUCGUAAGAAGUGUCAAAAAUGUCACCAAAGGAUACAGUAGUGUACAGGUCAAGGUGCGAAAUGCGACAUCCAAUGAUCCGUGGGGCCCGACGGGCACAGACAUGGCUGAAAUUGCGGCCCUCACAUUCAAUAAUCCCAGCGACUUUUACGAGAUCAUGGACAUGCUCGAUAAGCGGUUGAAUGAUAAAGGCAAAAAUUGGCGACAUGUUUUGAAGUCGUUGAAAGUCCUUGAUUAUUGUUUGCACGAAGGUUCGGAAUUGGUGGUGACUUGGGCGAGAAAAAAUAUCUACAUCAUUAAGACGUUGAGAGAGUUCCAAUACAUUGAUGAAGAUGGUCGCGAUGUUGGACAAAACGUUCGCACUUCUGCAAAGGAAUUGACAUCACUGAUUUUGGAUGAAGACCGUCUCAGGAGUGAACGAUCUGAUCGAAAACUCUGGAAAACUCGCGUUACCGGCAUCGAUGAGUAUGCCCCUCAGUCGAUUGAAGGUCCUAUCCCUCGUCAGCAUUAUCCUUCGAACCGCCACCGGGAUCGAUAUAACGACGAAUCGGCGCGGGAGAGGGACGAACUGCAAGCAGCGAUAGAAGCCAGCAAACAGUCCGCGGAAGAUGACGCUCGCCAUAGACAACGACAAUCCCAGAGGGAAGAAGAUGAGAUGGAUCCUGACGUCAAAAGAGCGAUCCAACUGAGCAAAGAGGAAGCGGAUCUACGUGCUCGCCAACUUGAAGAACAGAAUGCUGCCUCGCUUUUCGAUGAGACCCCAACUCCUGCUCCGGCGCAGAGCCAGCCGACCGGAUACAACCAAGGCUACCAGCAACAACCCGCCGUCGAUUGGUAUGGAAACCCACUCCAACAACAACCGCAGAGCACGGGGUUCUUAAACAAUCAAUACGCCCAACCACAGCAAACUAGCUUUCAAAACGGCUUCACCAAUGGUUUUCAGCCUGCUCAACCUACCGGAUAUGACCAGUUUGGCCAACAACCGAUCCUUCAACCACAAAAUACAAUCCAGCCACAACAGACUGCCUUCCAGACCAAUAAUCCAUAUGGUGUCCAACCAAGCGGAGACCUGUUCGGAGCACAAUCGCCCCAACAGCCAACCCUCCAACCCGGCAGCAACAACCCUUGGUCAACACAGUCUCCUCAACCUGUUGAUGCGCUCAAGCCCCUACCAACGGGAUCGAACAAUCCGUUCGCUCAAAAGACGCAACCGGCCUCCCCGUCUCCAUUUUCCCGUUCAAACGCUCAGCCUUCGCUGGGUACUCUUUACGAGUCACAACCUACCACACAAUUUAGCCAGCCAUCUCAACCCAAUCCGAUUUUGAAUUACCAAGCUCCGCAACCGUCAUUCCAACAACAGCAAUCGCAGAAGCCGGUCAAUCCGCAACACGCGAAGCUCAACGCCUUAUUGGCAUCGGGUGAAGGACAAGAUACGUUUGGCAAUACUGGUGAUUUGCGUAUUCCAGCCCAACACACUGCACCUGGAACCUUUGUCAAUUCGGCUGGACAAGGUCUUGAGCGUCUUCACGCUGCACAAACUGGAAAUAAUCCAUUCUUUUCACAGCAAGCUACGGGAUUUGGUCAACAAGUUCCAUCUCAAACUGGACCAGCAUUUGGCGGAGGAUUCGGACAAACCAAUAACAAUCCUUUUGGAGGCAGACCGGUCGGUCAGCAGGGUGGAAGUCUUAUUGACUUGUAG